GCGUCCGCAAGCUAAAUGCGCAUUCAUGUGACACACUUCGCAGAAUACGGAGGCAACAAAUACUGAAUAAUAUUCUCGUUAAAAUAAAAGUGAAAAAAUAAAAUUCAUUAUACAUUGACUUGGUGAACUGAACAGUGUUUAUUUAAUUAAUUAACUCGUUUGUUUUAUUCUUCAAGUUUAUAAAAUGGGCAUGAUUUCUCGAGUGCGCGGGCGCAUUAGGAGUGAUUCCUUCUCGAAGAUUCACACGCUCAAAUCUGAGGACAAACUUGCCAAUAUCGUAUGGCUGCUGUCUUUGGUCCUGUUAUUACCAUAUUGGGCGCCCCGAGGGUUGCUCGUGGCGCUUGGCGGUGCUUGGCUGAUGGCCGCAUACACAUGUUUGGUGGUUCCUGUCCUCAUCUCAGCCAACUACAAAUACCCAGCGACGUGGUACCCUGCCGUGGUCAAACUCGCUCAAGAAUUGGCGAAGAAGUUACGGUCACCUGUAUCGCGGGUGAUGGGAGUCAUGAAGGCUGCGUAUGCGCCGGUGGAGCGCGCUGAAAAACUCUUUCUGCAAAUGAACAAUCUUUCAACUAUGAUUGGACAGUUGCUGAUGUUUACAGCCUGCGACCGCCUACUAGUUUCCCAAGGAAGACUGACCUGUCUCUACUCCUUAAUGUUUUACAAUGUCGUCACUUACUCUGUCAGCUAUGUUCGCGAGAUCUGCACCAAGGAAGACUGGUCACCGUACGUCAACGUCACGCGCCAUUCUCGCGUCAAGCACCUCGCGAUGUCAGCCACAAAGAUAGUCCUGGAAUGGACGAAAGCAGUCACUUUUAUUGUCACCAUUACUUUCGUACUCCUCGCUCUUGGGUUGGAACAAGGACUUGAACAUUACAAACCCACAGCAUUGUACACAGUCAUAACUGGCACAUACUACCUUUUGACAGAGAGAACGUUUUUGGAACUUUGGCCAAUUGGACUCUCUGCUUUGAAAUUGGAGAGGUUAGAAGGCAUGGAGCUGCUAUACUUCGGUGCCUGGGCUAGAGCUAUCACUACAAUGCUGGCCUUGCCCUUAGUGCCAGCUUUAAUAUGGUACGAGCGGUGGAGGUUAUCCGCUCUGCUUUUCUACGUAUGUGUCUUCGUCCAUGGAAGGCAUAGGCUUGGAGAAGCUCUUAUGAAGCUGCAAGAAGCUAGAGGCUCCCUGGCGAGGUUUAGGCGAGCUACUGCAGAAGAACUCGCGACACUUGAGGACGUUUGUGCUGUGUGCCUGGGUACUAUGAAAUCAGCACGAGUGACGCCCUGUGCCCAUUUCUUCCACGCAGAUUGUUUAAGGAAAUGCCUGGCAAAUUCGGACAGAUGUCCCAUUUGUGUCAGGCCAUACGUAUUUUGCUGACGAACGGCUAUUUACAUUCGAAUAAGACUGCUUAUAACGAAAUUAAACUCCGCCAUUUCCAAUAAGUGGAAAUGUAUUCGAUAAGGUGAUAUUUGUGAAAGUAAGGAUGUUAGUUUUAAGAUGGCGAGUUAUGGAGGGUAUAAACAUGGUUUGAAGAUUGUUGUGAUCGAUUGUAUGUGUUGUAUUAUUUACACGUAAUUUAAAGCUUUAGGUGAAUUUUCGAUAAGAAUGUCUAGAAUUGCAUUGUAUAUCUACAAAAAAAGAAAAAUAUUUCCUCAAUCUAUUUAUAAUUUCGACAGUUCUUAUUUACUUUUUAGAAGCAAAAAAUUUUGUCUCAUUCUGUAUAAAAUCAAAAUCUACGAAUAAAAAAAUAUAGUGCACCGUAACCCCUGCUAUACCUAGUUAGAUUUUUAAUGAUAUUAUGUCCAUAUUUUUUAUAAUCGUUGUCGUUUACUGCACUACGGGUUGUGAGAGCUAGCCCUGCUGGCAAUGAGACUAAUUAAAUAUAGAAAGGAAUUACUUGAAGAUGGAACGGCUCACGGAUCGCACCUUAUGUACCCAGAUCUUAGGUAGCCCCACGCUUUCUUUGGGUCCAAGUCUGUGUUAAUGGUUUUUUAUAAUAAAUCGAAAGUCCGAGA